AUGGGGGCAUCAAACCAGUCAGCGCCUGCAGGCUUCACUCUCAUGGGGCUCUUCGGUGACUCGGCGCCACAACUGGUCCUGUUCUCCCUGGUGGGCACCAUGUUUGUGGCAGGGCUCCUGGGGAACGCCACCCUGCUCCUCCUGAUCCGUGCCGAUGCCAGGCUGCACACACCCAUGUACUUCCUGCUGAGCCAGCUCUCCCUGCUGGACAUUGGCUUCUCCCUCAUCACCAUCCCCAAGAUGGCAGUGGGCGUCCUGCAGGGCGACCUCUCCAUCUCCGUGGGGGGCUGCGCAGCCCAGAUGUUCUUCCUGAUGGUGAUGGGUGUCUCCGAGGGCGUCCUGCUGUCCCUGAUGUCCUACGACCGCUACGUGGCGGUGUGCCACCCACUGCACUAUCCCGUGCUCAUGAGGCGCCAGGUGUGCCUGCUCAUGGUGGGCACCUCCUGGUCAGCGGGGGUGCUGGUGGCCUCCAUCCAGACCGCCGUGGCCUGGCACUUCCCUUACUGUGCCUCACGCUCGCUGACGCACUUCUUCUGCGAGCUGCCGGCUCUGCUGCGCCUGGCCUGCGCCGACACCUCAGGCUAUGAGCUGGCGCUGUCCGUGUCGGGGGUCCUGAUCCUGCUGCUGCCCCUCGCCUUCGUGGCCUCCUCCUACGGCCAGGUGCUGAGGGCCGUGGUCCGCAUGCGGUCGGCCGCGGCACGGCAGAAGGCCUUCAGCACCUGCUUCUCGCACGUCACCGUGGUGGGGCUCUUCUACGGUGCCGCGGUGUUCAUGUACAUGGUCCCGGGCGCCUACCACACCCCCCAGCAGGACAACGUGGUCUCCCUCUUCUACAGCCUGGUCACCCCCACGCUCAACCCCCUCAUCUAUAGCCUGAGGAACCGGGAGGUCCGCGCGGCUCUGGCCAAGGUUCUGAACAGAGUCGCCUGCGGGGCCAAGAUGUGA